UCUAUAUUCGUUAGUCUGCAUAGUUUACUUUCAAGAGUCCAGAGUGUCUUUCUGUAUUGCUUUUCCUCGGUGAGAAUGGCAAGGAUUCGGAUUCCUAGCACAAUCGUUAUACUUUUUGUUACAAUUCAGACGGGAUUCUUACUCUUCAUGUAUGCCCGGUACAGUAGCUUCAUGCCUCAGUCUGAGGAGAAGCCAUCUCAAGUCCACAUCCUCAUUCUCUCCUCCUGGCGGUCGGGAUCUUCUUUUGUCGGUCAACUUUUCAGCCAGCACCCCAGCGUCUUCUACCUGAUGGAGCCUGCAUGGCACGUGUGGGUUACGAUGUACCAGAACAGUGCCAAGGUCUUGCACAUGGCAGUGCGGGACCUAGUCAGGUCGGUCUUUCUGUGUGACAUGUCUGUGUUUGAUGCUUACAUGCCUUGGAAAAGAAACUUAUCCGAUCUUUUCCAGUGGGCAGUGAGUCGGGCUCUGUGUUCAGCUCCUGCUUGUGACUCCUUUCAACGUACUGACAUAACCAGUGAAAUGGCAUGCAAGACUCUUUGUGGACGGUACCCAUUCAGCAAGGUGGAGGAAGCCUGUAAAACUUACAGGCAUGUUGUCAUCAAGGAGGUUCGGUUCUUUGACUUGAAGGUCCUCUACCCCCUUCUCACUGAUCCAUCCCUGAAUCUCAAAAUUAUUCACUUGGUCCGUGACCCCAGGGCAGUCGUCAAGUCACGGGAACAAUCGGUCAAAGCAUUAGCCCGUGACAAUGGAAUUGUUUUGAGCACCAAUGGCACUAAAGUAGAAGACAGCAAAUACAAAGUAAUGCAAGAGAUUUGUAGAAGUCAUGUUCAGAUUUAUGAAACGGCUACUCUGAAACCACCUAAUUUCCUUAAAGAUCGCUAUUUAAUGAUCCGUUUUGAAGAUCUGGUAAGAGAUCCAUUAUCAGAAAUCUCAGAAAUGUAUAAAUUUGCAGAUCUUAGUUUGACCCCCACGCUCAAAAGCUGGAUCUAUAAUAUCACACAUGGAGAAGGACCAGGAAAAAAGAAAGAAGCCUUCAAAAUCACAUCUCGAGAUGCAGUUAGUGUUUCACAGGCCUGGAGAAAUGUUCUUUCCUUCCAGAAAAUUAAGAAAAUACAGGAAGUUUGCAAAGGUGCUAUAAACAUGCUUGGCUAUCAGCUGGUGGAUUCAGAAGAAGAACAAAGAGAUCUGUCAUUGGAUUUAGUGUUGCCAAGACGACAAAAUCAAUUCAGUUGGUCAUCAUUUAAUCCAAAGCACUGAGACAUUAUUUUUGAGAGAUCUGGGUGGCGGUGGGGGGAGGGGUAGAUGGUUGAGUAUUUGUGUACUGUGCAGCAUAUAGCUAAUUUGAAAAUCCUUGGCUGAUGAGUUUAACUAUCUUCCUGUCUGCUGUUUUUCCCUAAUGGAAGGAGUUUUUUUCUGAGUUUCUUACACCACAAAAAUAAAAAGAGGGCAUGAGAAAUGCUGUGAGAUACUUGUCAUUGCAGAUUUACAGCUGAGCUGUCCUGUUCUCAGCAUUCUUUUAAAAAUACAAUUUAAGUACUUUCUGUUAAAAGAUGAAUUGUCGAAGAUGUCUUUGUUCA